AUGCUAGCCGCUGCGUCAUACACUGAAGUGGGCACACAAGUUGCACUUGGCAAUCUAUUCAAGCAGAUAGUCGCUGUGAGGAUGGUCGACGGCGACUUUAACCAACUGGAUUUGUUGCAGGGACUGCUUAUCCACGUUGCAUGGCCUCGAAAGCCUAAGCUUUGGAGUGCCGAAGGCGGAAGGUAUCAGAACAAACCCGACUGGCAGCCAGACGAGAUGAGAGCUCUUGCAGGUGCAUACUACUUAUCCUCAAGCUCCUCCAUCAUUCUCCAAAAAUCCCGCCAAGUCUUCAACACUACAUACCUUUUGGCUUGCUGCGAGCAUCUCGCUUCGCUGAAUCAGUAUCCCACUGACAAGUUUUUGCCUUACAUAACACGAGUUCAGACCCUUAUUGAGAAUAUUGAAGAUCUCGUUUGCAAAACUGCAACAACUGACAAUGGUUUGCAAUUCUUCACUGAAUGUCAGGAGAUCACCCAGAAGUGCUUGGAUAUCAAAUCAACAUUGCCUUUCCCGUUGAGUGAAAGUCCACCAUUACUUCUUCAGAUACAUAUCCUCGAACUUAUGCUCAGCCAAUCCUCGCCGCGAGGAACAGCUUUUGGCCUCGACAAGUUUCAGAACCCAUUUCAAGACGAGACGACUCUUAAUGAAUGGCUCUCUACAAGUAUGUCGGCUACCAGAUCCCUCAUUGGGGUUAUUCUGGUGAUGCCGCAGGGUGAAGAAGUAGCAAUGUCCAACAUGGGCUGGAUCAUGAUGAACUGUGCCCUCAACCUAGCUGUUCGUCUUGAUCUCAUAGCUGCUCGAGGUAGCCUUUCAGGAUUUACCCAACAACUCCGACGUUUCCUGGAUAUGGGGCACACCCUUCGUCAACUUGUCCUCAGAUUUGAAGCCGUGCCCGGUCCAGACGCGUCAGCCGACCAUCCAUUCCACGGCAUAGUAAAGCGUGUACGACGGUUGGAGAACUGGUACCUAUCACAAGUCGCGCAGCAGACAGCCGAUUCAACUUCAUCUAUAAGCCCUUCUUCUGGAUCGCAACCCUCGAUAUCCCUCAGCGACCAUACUAGUGGGAUGCCCGUCAGUAUGCCACUUCCGUACCAGAACUGGAACAUGGGCGGCGGGUCGGAAUGGUAUCAGAACCCAGACUUGGACAUAAGUACUUUUCUUUUCGCGGACCCAAUCGACUUUCCAAUGAACUUUGCAUGGGCCAGCUAG